AUGAUUGAUCAAUUUUAUACUGAGUCUCUAAACUUUGGGAGCAUAUAUGGCUAUGUAAAUUACCAGAAAAAGGAAUUCUUAGCCAUAGAUGUAAAACGUUACAUCCUUGAUCCAAUUCUUUCCUCACCAACGCAUUUCCUCCUUCCUUUUAAAAUUCAUCUGACAACUAUAGGUCAACCUAGAAUUGGUAACCACGUCUAUGCAAAAAUAUUACAAACACAGCUAAUUUCUCAAACAUCACCUUUAAAGCAUGAAGUAACAAGAAUAACUCAUCAGAAUGAUAUGAUAGUACAUUUACCUCCAUCGAAAAGAGGGUUUGUACAUCAUGUACAUGAAUUAUGGGUAAAAAAUAAAGAUCAAUCUUUUUUUUGUGAUGAUAUCGUAGAGGGUUCUGAGGAUCCAGUUGAGGAUCCGGAGUGUCUUGCCGGUGCUAGAUGGUAUAUUCCUGGUGCUCAUUUAUCUAUUUGGAAUACUACUUUUACACCUUUUU